UUAUGUACCUAAGAUGCUCUUCCUACCACAGAUUAAGCCAUGAGUGAACGUACAACUCAGGAUUUAAAGUCUUGUGACAGUAAUGGUUCUCUGAAUACAACAACAAAAGUGUUCUUCACUCCACCUUUGGACUGUGACAUACAGAGAAGAGCUAUACUUGAGAGGGUCCAUCAGUGCCUAGCUGAAGGAAAUGAGAAUGUGUCAUGUGAGGUGAUUUACUUGGGUCAAGUUGAAUGGGAAUCAGUAGGCCAAGUUUCAAGUCUGACCUACCAUGUCAUGUCCUUGUGCCGGAAGUUUCACCUCCUGCCAUCUGCACGAUCCAUCCUUCUCUCCUUACAUGACCAGUACCAGGCCAUUCAGCUAUGUUUGGCAAGAACAAACAAAAAAAAACAUGGAGAGUUUAUGGCAGCAGCAAGUGAUGUGCUGGAUGUUUGGAAUGACAUGUUUAGAAAUUCUUUAAUUUCUAAUCCAGAGACAAUAACUGAAGAAAAUGAAGAAGUUAUUCAUCUUCCUAGUCUUUAUCGUGAAAGCUAUGACCCAGUUGCCAGAGAAAUGGAAGAAAUCAUCAAAGAUUACCAUGAAUUUAUGGUGAACUCUAACUGUUUGGAUCAUUUUAUUAUCUACAGCUACUUACAGAAAAACUUAAAGCACAAGCAAGAGCUUCUUAAGGAUAUUUUCUCUAAGGCAUACGUCGUUGAGGGUGUCAGUCAGAUGCCAGCUAUGGAAAGAGAGCUACUGAAACUACUACUGAAUGGGUCACAAAUAUUUAAGCUAUCUUCUGAGUUUCCUAUAGCACUUAAUUCUGUCAUUUCAACUAAUCUUGACAUAUCUGGCAUAUUUGAAAAUGAUGCAGUCUCAUCAGUGCUGGAGAGUAAUGAGUUCAAAGUAAAUAAUAUAGAGAACCAUUCAUUUGAUGACAUUUCAAAGGUUGAAGUGAGGAUUAUAAAUAGUGCCUUGAAUGAUUACGUUGAUAGCCUCUGCAAAAGUCCGUGCAAGGUACACGUUGGCAGUGACUCGGAGUUUUACAUUGAGCAACUGAUAUUAGCACAUCUGCGACUUUUGAUCAACACACGAGACGAGUUGGCUCUCACUCUGAUGUGCUGUAUGCCAGGAAGGGGAGUUUCUCAGCAGGGCUUUACUGAUAUAAGACUAGAAGCUCAGAAGAAGAGUAUGCCAAUGUAUCAGACAAUAUUGUCAUUCAUCAUGCGUCAGAGGCUUGGAGGAAAGGGUUAUCAAGCAGACCCAAAUAACCCUGUUUUACUUCAUAUUAAACCUCUUGGAGAAGUUGUUGAUUCCAUAAUGAAACUUCAGAACAUUGUUGAAGAAGAACCAGAUUUAAGGAAAGGGGCAUUACAAGUCAUGUCAGUGAUUAAAACAAAUUUAUUACAAAUGAAAGAGCGUGUUUUUAAACGUGCUUCUGUAGAGAAGGUGUGGAGUGGCCUAAACUCUGCUCUUAUAUCUUUACUAGAGAGAGUCAGUGAUGGAAGAGAACCUGCACACAACAUCCACACAACAUGUUCUCUUCAACCCUGCUUGAAGCAUUUAAUUCGCUUGUGUGAUGAGGCUAGUGGACACAUACAUGAUGAAGGAAUUGUUGAUGCUCUCGGGGAGAAUUUCCUAAGUCAGUACAAUAGCGGACACAAGUUUACAACACCAGUCAGGAUACCAACUGUCAUUUCACUUUUCAGUAUUGCUGCAUGUAAACACAUUGUUCUUAUAGGUAGUACGUGUGCGGAGAGUUCUUAUUAUCUUGUUGCACCAAGUUCAUUACCUGAGAGGUACCAUUCAGGGUGUGCCUGGGCUCCUGAUACACUCUCUCCUAUAAGCAAAGACGAUGUUUGUCCUGUAUCAACCUCGCCAAUCAUUGGUCGCACACUUAAGGCAGUGGGCGCGAGGAGCAAGAACAGCCAGCAUUGGAGAGAUAUUGUGGCAUCAGUUUCUCAGGCUGAGGAUCGUGGAAAGGAGAGAAUUGGGCAAAUGUCCGAGGUUACAAGCUGCCAUAAUGAAAAGAAGAAAAAGAAAUGCAGUAGAUCUCUUCUAAGUGAUAUAUCAAGUGCAGCUACUGAGUCAGCAUUUAAGAAGCAAAAAUCCAAAGAUACGACCAAACACAAGAGUGUUACCAAAAGAAAAAUUAAUCUUCCCAAAGGACAAAAAUUAAUUUCAUCAUUUUUUAAAGUGUAGUUUUGUACUUGUGUGCAUUCAGGUAUUAUGAAACAGCUUUGUGUAUCAAAGGGAUAUCUCAUGUAGAAUUGUCUUGAUAUGCUAGCUAAGUAUUGACAGACCUACAUGUCUUAAAUGGGUAUCUACGUAGAGACCUCUUCACAAAUUUCGGAUGUUGAAAGAAUCCGAAAAUAGAAAAUAAAUAAUUUACCAAAGAAUUUCACAUUGUUAUGGUUGUGAACGAAGCAGUUGUCAACUUUUUAUAAUAAUAAAUGUUCGGUAUAGA